AUAGAAGACACCUCUUCAAGUGAAUACUCAACAUUGGAAUUCGAUAUUAAACUUGAGGUUAAGAUGGAGGCAAACCGGAAGCUCAGAGGAUUCGUUAAAGGGAAGUUGAUGCCAUUCCAUAGAUCAGCAACCAAGCCUUCCUCAACUGUGCAGUAUAUUUCUAGCAAGAUUAAGCCAAACCAGUCAUCUCCUUCAACUGCUCCUCUAGGGUUCGUGGUGCACCAGGACUAUGCGGUUGCUCAGCCGAAACAGAAGGCCGUGUCCUUCAUAGUACCACCUGAUCAUAACAUGAUUAACCGUGACUUGGUCGUCCUGAGCAAAUAUGAAAACCUCUAUGGGUUGGCUGCAGAUGAGAGUGUAGAUAUGAAGGCUGCAACUUAUAUAUCUUCUGUUCAAGAACGUUUCAAGCUUGAACGAAUGAACUCGGAAAGAAAGAAGUGCCAAGAUAUGCAGUUGAGCGCUUAGUCUUCGUAAUAAAUUGCCUUUUAUCAUCCAGAAAUAUCAUAGGUCGAUCGUUUUGUCUCGAAAUAUAUUAAGAUUUGCUGCAUGUAUUGGUGUUUAUAUGUAUGAACUUCAACCUCAUUUUGUCUCUUACCGUGAAUUGGACCAGAAUAUAUAUUAACAAUCAAUUACGGUUUUGAUC